AUACAAUCCUUUGAUUAUUAUUAUUAUUAUUUUUUUUUAACUUUUUUUCUUUAUGACAACGUCUAUUUUAACUAUCACUAAUCCAUCACAACUUGCUGAAUUCUGUGCAGUGAUUAUACCUUGUAUUUGGGCUGGAUCCUUUAAGAGCAUCAUCUCAAGUCCGAAACGACAUCUUACUUUUAAACUAUAUGUUCAAAAAGUGUUGAAAGCAACACAGAUAUCAUGUACUUGCAUGAUUCUCGCCCUUUAUUAUAUUCAGAAAUUACGAGCAGCUUAUCCCUCUAUUCAUGCCUCGAUUGGAUCAGAAGUCAGAUUGUUUACGACAGCACUUGUUUUGGCAAACAAAUAUUUGGAUGAUAAUACAUUUACCAACAAGACAUGGUCAGAAGUAUCCAGUAUUUCAAUCAGUGAACUGAAUAUUAUGGAAAUGGAAUUUUUAUCAGCAUUAGAUUAUCAUCUUCACUUACCUCAAGAUGAAUUCUAUAGUUGGGUGAAUCAAUGUCAACAAUGGUGUAUUAGCUUACUGCCACCAUCACCAUCACCACCACCAGUAUCUAUGAAACGCACCUAUGACACUUUAGACGAACAGCCACACAUGUCCAAAAAGAGAUGGAUGGACUACAAUGUAUGCAAACCUAUUUUGAGCUGGUCCUCAUCUAUUCCGAUUGUUCAACCUGAUUUUACACAAUACUAUACAAACCCAUAUUCAACACCCACUACACCUGCCAAUACAAAUUAUUAUCUUCCAUUUGUUAAUCAACAAUGGUUCUAAUUUUAUAUAUAUAUAUAUAUACAAUACAACACUUGCACAUAGUGUACAUACACACACAUAUCUAAAAUUGUAAAUAAAAAUAUAAG